CUGCAGUAUAGCCUGCUGUCCGAAGCUGUUGGAGAUCUAUUCAAGUCCACUUUCCCUAACGCCAAGAAGUGCGUUCUAUUCUUUGCCCAUCGCAUCAAGUUCGAAGCCAAAACUGGACAAGACACUCGUCUGUACCAGUUCGAAGCUCGCCCGACGAACACCGAACAAGCCCAUGCGGCCACGUCAGGAUCUGGCGAAAACUGA